AUGUCAGCUGCCGAAUACUAUCAACAAGGCCCACCGCAACAGAGCUACGCCUCUCCGCACCCACCACCACAGGCCUACCCUCAAUAUCCCCAACCGUCCUACGGAGGGCCUCCACCACAACAAGGGUACUAUCCACCGCAGGGGCCGAUGCAGUAUCAGCAACAGGCACCCCCGACGAAGAGCAGCGGUGGCGGUGGUUGUCUUAAGGGCUGUCUAGCAGCCAUGUGCUGCUGCUUCUUAUGCGAAGAGGGCUGCGAAUGCUGUGCAGACUGUUGUGAGUGCUGCAUGGAGUGUUGUUAA